AUGGCUGAAGAUGAAGGUACCAUCAUCAAAUCGCUGACAUCGGUUCAGCUGCCAAUGGAACCUGCAUGUCUCGAAUUUUGCCCCGCUCACCCAGAGUACCUGAUCAUUGGUUCGUGGCACCUCAUCAAGGAUGACCACCAAGAUGGCACCCAAGCACGUGAACAAGAUGAGGGUGACGACCAAGCAGGUGACCACCAGGGGGUUGCUGCCAGUCAGAAACAGAGACACAUGGGUCGGGUAGACCUUUACCGAAUCCAGGGGGAGCAAGUUGACCUGGUCCAGACAGACGAGCAACCGGAAUCCGCAAUCUGGGACGUCCAGUUCCAAAGGCACGACGGCCGCGCAGACGUCUUUGCCGCAGGCUCUAGCGCAGGCACCGUCUCCAUAUACAAGGUUUGGGUGUCAUCAGCGCCCGCCGCAGAUCACCCCGAGGCCGCGCUGCGCAAGCUCUCCGUCGUCGGACCCAUCUCUGCAGGCGGUAGCAACGACGACGAGGAUGAUGAUGAUGAUGGUGGCAAGGUCAUGAUCACAAAGUGCUGCUGGCACCCGACCAUCCCCGACCUGCUCGCAGUCUCCAACCUGGCCGGCGAGGUCCACCUCAUCUGCCUCGACGGCAAAGAUGACCUCUUCACGCCGCUGUCCGUGACCAGGGUUUCUGCGCUGGCCCACACGGAACCGGCCUGGACCGUGGCCUUGAGCCCCCAGGUCGCCACCCCGGAAGGCACCGACGACCGCGUCUUCACCUUGUAUUCGGGGGGCGAUGACAUGGCGUUCCGGUACGCCUCGGUGGCGAUGCGUGGCGCGGCAGCAUCUCCCGCCGAAGGUGGUGCUGCCACGACGACGACGACGACAAGGACAUUUGACGACGCCCUUUUCAACCCAGCCAAGAAGUCAUGGCACAUGGCCGGCGUCGUCUCCAUCCUCCCACUGCCCAUCACGCUCCCCUCGGACGGCUCGCAGAUCGUCGUCACGGGCAGCUACGACGACCACGUCCGCGUCUGCGCCGUGAGGCCGCUACACGAGACGUACGGCAUGGCCACCGCCCGCGUCCUCGCCGAGCUACACCUCGGCGGCGGGGCGUGGCGGCUGAGGGUGAUGGAGAUGGUUGCAGAUCCCGGCGGGAGCUCUUGCAGGCUCAGGAUCCUCGCGCCCUGCAUGAGCGUGGGCAGCAGAGUGCUUGAGAUCUGCGGCGCGGACGACACGCAGGAAUGGACCAUCCAGGUUCUGGGUAGUUGGUGCGAGGAGACUGCCGGGGCUAGCAUGCUGAACUAUGGCUCUGACGUCCAGCCUCGGCGGGAGGGUACUGGUGGCGACGGUGGUGACAACCAGUUCACGUGUGUGUCAUCAAAUUUCUAUGGUAAGAUGCUAUAUUUGUGGAGAUUCUGA